CACUGCGCACAGCAAAUAAAUUGUGCGGCGAAGCGUAGGCUGUGUUGUGACGUUCAGAAACGGAAAGCUGCAACUUUGCACUCCCUGUUCAGAGAAAACGAAAGUUUAUUUUCAGUUACCGCACACGGGUUGCGGUAAGAUUUUCGUAGCAGAGAAGACACGGAGAACGAACAGCUAUUUCGCAGAGAAAAGUGGUGGUGUAAGCAUUGCUGUGUCACAGUGCCAGGACCCUGGGUUCGAGUCCAUACCUGACGUGUAACAGUAUACGCGCGUGGUUUGUACAGUACGUGGGUUUUGGAUGAGUGCUCUGGUUUACUCCCACGGCUCUAACACAUUCACAGUGUUAGGUUAAUGGGAUUCUGGGAAAGCUGGCCCUGGGACUCUGAUUCGAGACUUUUGUACUGAAACUGGAACAUGAAGUGCUCAGACUGUGGACAUGUAGCAGCGGAGCAAAAUGCUAAAUUCUGCAGUGAAUGCGGGAAGAAACUUUCACAAUCUCAAGCUCCCAGCCAAGGCAAGACGCCCCCGGUACUGGAAGAUCAAUUGGAAAGAGGAGAUGAGCAGAGGACAGACAGUGAGCCAUCAUCUGUGGACAGCACAACGAUGCAGCACAACGAGCAGAAACGGCACAGUGAGGAUGAGGACUGCCCAAAGAAGAAGAGGAAAAAAAAGAAGGAUAAAAGGAAGAAAAGCAAACAGUCUUCCUCUCUGGAGUCUGAGGAAAUGGCGACGGAGCUUUCUGACAUCUCCUUGGCUGACAAGCCCACCUCAGCAGUCGAAGAGGAAGCAGUGCCCUCUGACAGCGAGGAUGAGUCUGGUGCAAUGGAUGACACUGCUGCUUUGGUACAGGAAGCAGGCAGAUCUACUCAACCUGUAAACACCAACACGGCUUCUCAGGAGCCUUGCCCAGGCAGUCCUGCACAGGUUCAGAAAACCAGAAAGAUGUCUGACUGUGCACCCUUUGAAAAAGCUACACGGGAGACUGUGAAGACCAACAUACCACCUCGUGUGCCGGCUGGAAGCACUGAAACGAGCGCAGAAGGCAGGGACUCCUCUUUUAUUCCAUCUCAGGAGCAAACAGGAAGUGUUGUACCCAGCACAGAAGGCAGCAGCUCCUCUCGCUGUAGCCAUCACUCCACACCAGAGGCUUCUGCGUCUUCUCCAGGGGCCGUGCAGAAGCCAGCGGAGCCUGAGAGACAGAAAAACCCUGAGCUUGAGCAGCACACAGAAAGCAGCAACUCCUCUCUCAUUCCACCUCAAGCGCAGACUGGAAGCACUGAACAGAGCAGAGAAGGCAGCAACUCCUCUCCUACUCCACAUCGCGCGCAAACUGGAAGUGCACAACGGAGCACAGAAGGCAGCAGCUCCUCUCACUGUAGCCGAAAUGCCACACGAGAGGCUUCUGCGUCUUCUCCAGGGGCAGAGCCGAAGCCAGCCGAGCCUGCGAGACAGCAAGACCUUGAGCAAAAACCUCAAGCUGCAGGCAAACUUAAACAACAGCAAGCGACGGCCAUGGAUAACAAAAGUGUCAAGAACAGAAAGGAUACCGCACAGUUUCAACGUGGAAACCUUGAUCAGAAUCCUAAUGUAGCUGGGGAACCUAGAGAGACCAGAAAUACUUCUAAAAUACAAGAACAAGAAGAGAAGCAUAUGUCAGGAGGUGACAACAAACAGAAAAGUGAACUGAGCCACAAUAAACAAGAAAAAAAUACAGACAAGGACAAAAAAUAUAAAAAUGAGAAUCAUAAAGCUGAACAGAUGAAAGUACAGGAGGCAUCCUGUCCUGAAGGAAAUCAAGACAAACCUAUCGAAGCAAAGCUUGCAUCUGAAUCUGAAGACAAGAGCCAGCAGGAAAGCGACACUAAUGGAUUUCAGGAAGUGACAGGGAAAAAAAGCAAAAAAAGAAAUAAAAACAAAAAUAAUGAAACUAAUGAACAAACACAAUCAAGGGUAUUUGAACAGCAGCAUAUUCAGCCAGGUGACAGGCUUACAAUUUACUUCCAUGCAGUUCUGUCAAAAGAUUUUAACUUUGACCCAAGCAAACACAAGAUUUACGUUAGAGGUGGAAGUGUGUUUGGAAACUGGAGUUGCAAUGCAGUUGAACUUCAUGUUAUUAAGGAGUUGGAGAAACAUGGAUUCCUCGUUGGAGGACAUCUAGAUGUACCUAAAUCAUCUGUCGUUAAAAAGCCUAUACCAUACAAAUAUUAUUUGUGCUGUAAUGGAAAAGAUGACUAUGAACAUAUUUAUAAAUGGGAUGUUCCCGAGGGUACAAUUGUGAAUCGAUGCCUUUGUAUUGCUGAAAAGGAUGUUUCUCAUCACAAUGAGUGGCAUCAGUUUGACGACAUCAUCUGCAAAAAACCUUCUGAGAACUUUAAACGGUAUUUUACCGUUUCCUACUGGACAGACCAAAGAAAGAGAGAUGUCAGAAAAGGAAGAUUUUUAGCUGGGAACUUUAUGCUAUAUUCGAUUUUUGAUCUUUUGACAGAAUGGAAUGAAACUAAUUUAAAUAACUUCUUCUCUCAGCUCAAAAUGUUUUAUAUGACUUACCAGGACCCCGUGAUAGAUGAAAAUGGACCAAAAAAAUGGUUUUCUUUGAAUUUCAAAGAAAAUGAGGUCCAGUCCUUACUGAAAGAUGCUCUUAUUGGGUUAAUUGGGCCCCAUCUUGAAAAGGAGACGGAAACACGAAUGGUUCACAUUGAAAACCCCAUUAAAGCUGCAGCACUUGUUCUGAUUCUCUGGGAGAAAUAUAACAUACCUCUCAAACCUGAAGAGAGGCAUGUUUUGUGCCAACUUUUGUGCUUCCCAAAACUCCCAAAAGAGCAACAGAUUUCUUUCUGCUGGGAUUUAAAAGAAAGCUUUAAAAGCAUGAAGGCGCUCAGAGACAUUCUUACAAAUUUCUGCAAUGUGGUUAUGAAUGAAAAACAAUUUAGGUCCAUUUUACUGAUUCCUCUGCUCCACUUCUUGAGUGACAUGUGCAAACCUUUUGAACCUAUUGAGUGGAAAAGAGGGAUCACUGCAGAAGAUGUCUGGGGUGGAUUAGAAGGACUCCCUUUCGUUGAUUUCAGAAACAAGAUUUACCAGCACGAAAAGGAUUUACUGGCAUUAAUGGUAUCAAACAAACAUUUGGUGGAUAUUGACAGGAUGCUAACUAGGUCCUGGCUAUGUUUCUUGAAAAUUGAAAACUUCCUUGAAUACGAGAGUGUUUUCAAUCUUGAUUUGUUGGACCUUCUUCAGGGCUUAUUAUACAAGCUGGUCCAGCAUGAGCAUAGACUACAAGAGCCAUUGUUCAAAAUUCUCUCACAUAUUCUGGACAAGCUGAGUGACAAAGAAUCCUGCGUUUAUGAAAUUAACUACCUGAUGGCAUGUCUGAAGGCUGCACUAAAACUCCAGCAAUGUGUAUGUUCUUCAAUAAAGGGACUUUGGAACUAUGAGCUCCCCAUUAAGAGUGUGGAAAUUAUUAUUAAGCUCUCAGACCUUGAAGAACAUCUUCUUCCAGAGGAAAAUGAAGGUACCAAAGAGAACUUGAAGGAACUAAACAUUAAUGAUCUGCUCAGUGAUUCCUUGCAAACAAUGAGACAGUGGAUAAAGAAAACCUUUAUUAACAGAUUGUUGAAAAGCAGCACCUUGAGUAGUGUGUAUGUGUAUUUUCAUAAUGCUCAUGAAAUAAAGAUGUGGAAUGAUGUGAUCUCCUUAAAAUCAAGAAAGGAAAUGUUCUUGUCCAACUGGAUAAGUGCUCACAUGAAAGAUUUUGAAGGAAAGCUCAAACAGGAGACUCCACUCUCUCAGAUUGAAAUUUACUGCAGCAAAAAUGAUGAGAUGAAACAGCUAAAUCCUCUACUUGCCCAGUGCUUUGAGAAUUGUGCCCUGGAAGCUGUUCAUUCAAUAUGUCAGGAAAACAAGGCAGGUGUAUUGUUUGAAAGUCUUCAAAGACAUAAAAUUGGAAAGUUCAGCUCUCUUGUAUCAAAGAUUAUUGAAAAAUCCUGGCCUAUAAGCAAGCAGGGAAAACUACUGGAUGGUUAUGAUGUGAUGGAGCAUUUGCUGACCUGGCCAGCAUCAAAUAACAUCUUCCAAUUGCAAGAUGCAAAUCUGAUUGAAGAACUUACUGAUGAGGCCAAAAGCCUAAUUACUGUGUCAGACUCUGUUUUUUUUGACAUCACUACACAGUUGUUAAGUGGAAACAUACAGAUUAAAUAUCUGAAAAUCAUCCUGCGGAAGAGGGAAGAGUUUCUAACACUCCUUAAAAUAAAGGAGCCAUCAAUCAAUGACAAAAACUGCAAUGAACAUUCCAUGAGGUCAGUGUUGCAGUGGCGUGAGGCCGAACUGGAUGCUCUGUUAAGUGAAAGGACCUGGGUUGACAGCCUUUUGAAGAUGUGCAGUAAAAUUCAUGACUUUGUGAAUGUGGAUGUCGAGGAACUGGAGGAACGACACCUCUAUGACAUUGAUUUGGAGAAGCUAUGUGAAGUUGUUGUUGUACUUCAGCUUGAUCAAGCUGCUGCCAAUGAUGCUGGGACUGUUAUAUAUUUUCAGCUUGAUGAGGAAAUGAGACAGAUGGCCAAGACCAUUCACACAUUUAAAGACAGCUAUAUUUUCCAAAUGUGCUGGGAGAAUCAGGCAAAAACUCUGUCUGUAACAGAUCUAGAAACAGAGGCGUUUGAACCAGACCCUGAUCUGAUUAUCACAAUGGACAAUAUAAAUGAGGAAAUAUUUACACCUUGCUUUGAUAAAUAUCAGCAUAUCUAUAGUAGCAUGCAGACUGGUACUCUUACUUUAGGUGAUGUUGACGAAAUCUUCAGAGACUAUAAGGAUCGCUAUGAUGAACUGGGCAAAGAUUUCCUCAUCAUGAGUAAACUGAACUUGUCUCAUGACAGAAAGUGGAUUAGAAUUAAGAUCCAGCAAAUAAAGCAAUACCAUCAGCUCCAUUUAGCUGUAGAAUCAGCAAAGGUCAUCAUGGAAGUGAAAAAAACACUUAAUCUAAAUGGGGAUUUCCAUGUCCUACAGACAUUACUGGAUGUGAUGCAUGCAGACUUUAAGGGAGAAAGCUUGGAUUGCAUUGACGCUGAGCUAAUUAAAGCUAAAGCCAUUUUAGUGGACAUCACAGAGGCUCGUAGAAAAUGCCUGCAAGAACUAGGGCAACGUGUGGUCUUUGUCACCUGGGUCAAAGAAGCUCUAGAGGAUAUUAAUGAAUUGAAGGUAUUUGUUGACCUGGCAUCAAUCUCUGCGGGGGAGAAUGACCUGGAUGUGGAUCGUGUGGCUUGUUUCCAUGAUGCUGUUCUGGGAUACUCUUCCAUGCUGUAUGAUUUGAAGCCAGAUUCUGGUUUCAAUGAGUUUAAGGAAGUGCUAAAGAAAUUGUGGAAAGCCCUUGAAAACGAUCAUAACCUCCCCAAAAAAUUGUGUGACACAGCACGCCACCUGGAGUGGCUGAAAACGGUGAAGGACAGCCAUGGCUCAGUGGAACUGUCCUCACUCUCUCUGGCUUCAGCCAUUAACCAGAAAGGCAUCUAUAUCAUUAGCUCGCAAUACCAGAAGAAGGUAAAUUUGGACACUGCCCUCCAACUCAGGAUCACAGAGGAGCAUGAGGAUGGCCAGGACGUGCGCUGCUAUUCCCUGGAAGACCUGAAGGAGCUGCAGAACAAGCUGAUGCUGAUGUCAGGGAAAGGAGAGCAGGGGCAAUGUGAAGUGGAGCGCUUUGCAGAGGUAUUUUCCAGUGUUCAGAGACUUGCUAUGUCAUUUAUUGAUCUACAUGCUGCUGGGAACAUGCUCUUCAGAGACUGGGAAGCUAAAAUUAACUGCAGUGAGCACAGUGAGGCUUGUAUCAUCAUGGACUUCAACCUUGAAAAUACAAUUGGGGAGAUAAUGUUCUCUGGAGCAGUGGUAGAACAACUUCCGGAUCUCUGCAAGAAAACUGAGAAAUACUUGAGGUUCUGGAAAGAGUUCAUGGACAGGAAGAGAUCCCAACAUUACUUCCUCAACUACUACACUGCAGAGCAGAUUGUCUAUUUGUGCAAAAAACUGACUCCAGACAAACAGGACAGUCUUGAAGACCAAGUUCUAAUGUUGCUUUCCUUCAUUACACCCAAUUGCACAGUCAGUGAUAUAAGGGAAUGCUGGCACAAGUGGCAGUAUGAUGAUCUUAAGGAUAUCUCUCAGCCAGAUGAAGAGAUGGACUUUCAGACAUUUGUUGAUGAAACCAACAUGGAAGUGGAUAUUUUCCUGGGGAGCAAGGAAGGUACUUACACCCUUGAAGACCUGCCAGCUUUACUGCACAGUGCCAAGGGGGCAGAGAAGCUGGAUCUGGUGUGGAACUUUUACAUGAGAGACAUGAAGCAUUUUCUGCCCAAUUGUAUAGACAUCGGAACACUUGGGAAGCUGCUGGAAAUUCUAGCUACCAAAGAAGACAAGGAGAAGAAGACUGUCCAAAGGAAUUUGCCAAAUGGCCUGCAGCAGGGGUGCCCAAACCUCAUAAUUUGCCCACAUGAUGAAAUUUUGACAUCCUGUAUUUGCAUCUACAUGAGCAGCAUGGAUGAGGACCUUCCUACCUAUGAUGAGGUGCUCCUCUGUUCAGCCAGCACCCCGUAUGAGCAGGUGGAGAUCUUCCUGAGGAGGUGCCUGACUGAAGGUUAUAAGGGAAAGAAGAUUUAUACCAUGUUGUACGCAGAUGAACUGAGCUAUGACGUUAGCUACAGAUUUGAGCAGUUAUUUCAGAGGCUAAAGAUGGAGUGCAGGGGGGAUUACAGGCUGGUGAUCAUCUGCAACUCUGACAGGGAGCACUUUUACAUUCCCUCAGCCUUCAGCCAGCACAAGGUGCACAUGAUCCCCCAUGAGCGUCUGGACAAAGUUCAGGCCUACCUCUCCGGGCACUACACUGUUUCCACAGAGGUGCCAACUGCAGCGUCGGUUUUUAAGGACAGAAUGUUUGUAGGAAUUGUGUCCUCCAAAAGGGCUGGAGUUGGCAAAUCCCUGUAUAUCCGGAGGUUGCAAGAAAAACUGAAACAAAGCACAAGAGAUAAGAGUGCAUUGCUGAAGUGUAUUCGCCUAAUUGAGCCAAGAGUCAAUGAAAAUGCCAUCCUUCAGUCCUUGUUGAACACACCCAAGAAGAAGAAUCAGCUAACAAUCUUUCAUUUUGAUAUCACAUCUUCAGUUCAGAAGGGCCUGUAUGAAUUUCUCUUCACACUGUUAGUCUUGCACUAUUUAAUGGACACGGAAGGGCACAUGUGGAAAUGCAGCAAUAAGCACUUGUAUGUCAUUGAAAUCCUGGAGACUUCAGGAGGACUGCCCAGAAAAUCUUCAAGAAAUGUUUCUAAAGCUCAGUAUGUCUUUCUGGACAUCUUCCCUAAAAUAUUUUGCCGACCCCCUAAAGAGGUACUUGAGUUGGAGAUGAGGAUUCAAGAUGACAGGAUGACAGAUGUCAGUGACCCACUCAUGGAUGACCAAGAAUUCAGAAGUGAAGCCUAUCAAAGACCCUAUCAAUAUCUGACACGGUUCCAUAAUAAGAUGAACCUUGACAGCUUCACCUACAGGGGUGUUGAGGGAACACAUGUAGAAUGUCUGCAGAUGUUUUUUGUCUAUUGUGGCAUAUUGGAUCCUUCAUGGGCAGAGCUGAGGAAUUUUGCUUGGUUUCUUAAUCUUCAGCUGAAAGACAGUGAGACAUCUGUGUUUUGUGAUGUCAACUUCACUGGCGACACUUUGCAAGGUUUUAAGAACUUUGUGGUCGACUUCAUGAUUAUGAUGGCCAAGGAUUUCGCUACCCCAUCACUCAGCAUCUCUGAUCAGAGCCCUGGGAGGCAGCAAGUUGAUCUAGCUGGGGUCAACGAGGAAGACCUAGCUCCUUUCCGCAUCAGGAAGAAGUGGGAGUCGGAGCCCCACCCCUAUAUUUUUUUCAAUGAUGACCACAUUUCCAUGACGUUCAUUGGUUUUCACCUUCGGUUAAAUGAUCAAAAUAUGGUCGAUGCCAUUGAUCCAUCAACACAGAAAAUUAUUAAGAAAAACAUCAUGACUAAGCAACUAUAUGAUGGCCUUAGGCUUCAGAGAGUCCCUUUCAAUAUUGACUUUGAUAAGCUCCCUCGAGGUGAAAAGAUCGAACGUCUUUGCAAUGUGCUUGGCAUUCAGUGGCCUCUGGACCCUGAUGAAACCUAUGAACUCACCACCGAUAACAUCUUAAAAAUGCUUGCAAUCCACAUGCGGUUCAGGUGUGGCAUUCCUGUCAUAAUCAUGGGGGAAACAGGCUGUGGAAAGACCAGGCUUAUCAAAUUCUUGUGUGAACUGAGGAGGAGUGGAGCUCCCUCACAAAACAUGAAACUUGUCAAGGUUCAUGGUGGGACAAGUGCAGAGAUGAUUUACACCAAAGUUAGAGAAGCAAUGUCCUUGGCUUUAAUCAAUAAGGAAGAAUUCCUUUUUGAUUCAGUCCUCUUCUUUGAUGAAGCCAACACAACAGAAGCUGUGAGUAGUAUCAAAGAGAUCCUUUGUGACAAUACAGUUGAAGGAGAACCGCUCUGUCAAAACACAGGCCUUCAGAUUAUUGCGGCAUGCAAUCCUUACAGGAAACAUACAGAUUUGAUGAUUCAGCGCUUAGAGUCGGCUGGUCUGGGAUACAGAGUGAGAGCUGAGGAGACUGAGGAUAAAUUGGGUUCCAUCCCACUUCGACAGCUUGUGUACAGAGUGCAGGCACUACCUCCAAGCAUGAUCCCUUUGGUGUGGGACUUUGGGCAGUUAAAUGACCAAACUGAAAGAAUGUACAUUCAGCAAAUUGUUCAGAGAGUCAUUCAGACCAUUUCAGUUCAUGCUAAUUACAUCAAAAUGAUUACAGAGGUGUUGUCUUGCUCACAGAUUUACAUGAGGCAGAUGAAGGAUGAAUGCAGCUUUGUUAGCUUGAGGGAUGUGGAACGCUGCAUGCAAGUCUUUGUGUGGUUUUACAGAAACCAUACAAUGUUGCUGGAAGAGCUGCAUGCAUUUGAAACCAAAGAUCACAAUCAGCACAAUGAUCACAAUACAAGAGAUCCAGUUGUCUGGUCCCUGAUUAUGGCAGUGGGAGUAUGCUAUCAUGCGUGCUUGGAAAAGAAGGAGAAAUACAGGAAAAAAAUCUGCAAGCACCUUCCUGAAACAAACACCCAUGUAAAAGUAAUGCAAGAAAUCUCUCUCAUGCAGGACCUGCUGUUGAGUGGUGUACCUUUGGGUAAAACAAUAGCAAAAAACAAUGCUUUAAAGGAAAAUGUCUUCAUGAUGGUAAUCUGCAUUGAACUACGGAUCCCCCUAUUCUUGGUUGGGAAACCAGGAAGCUCCAAGUCAUUGGCAAAGACCUUAGUUGCAGAUGCAAUGCAGGGCCAUGCAGCACACUCAGAGCUGUACAAAAAGCUGAAGCAAAUUCACUUAGUUUCCUUCCAGUGCAGCCCUCACUCAACCCCAGAAGGCAUCAUUAAUACAUUCAAGCAGUGCGCACGCUUCCAAGAGGGGAAGAACCUAACAGAGUAUAUAUCAGUGGUAGUUCUGGAUGAGAUCGGCUUGGCAGAAGAUUCACCAAAAAUGCCCCUGAAAACCCUUCAUCCUCUCCUGGAAGAAGGGUGCAUAGAUGAUGAGCCUCUGCCACACAAAAAGGUUGGCUUCAUUGGCAUCUCCAACUGGGCCUUGGACCCUGCCAAGAUGAACCGAGGUAUUUUUGUGUCCCGUGGAGAUCCAGAUGAAAAAGAGUUGAUUGAAAGUGCAAAGGGUAUCUGUUCUUCGGAGCCGAUGAUUCUGAAGAAGGUUCAGGGCUUCUUUCAAGUUUUUGCCAGGGCUUAUCUGAACAUUUGCAAAGAACAGGGCAAAGAGUUCUUUGGCCUGCGGGAUUAUUACAGUUUAAUAAAGAUGGUGUUUGCGAUGACCAAGGCCUCUGAUCAAGAACCCAGUGCCAAGCAGAUUGUGGAGGCGGUGCUGAGAAACUUCAGUGGCAGAGAUGAUGUGGACACUGUGGCUGCUUUCACUUCUAAGCUGAAGGAGAAUCCAGAGAUCAGUACCAUGGAGCUGGUGAGGCAGAACAUUGAGGCCGUUGGUCAGGAUGACGAGUGCCGAUACCUGCUUGUCCUCACAAAAAACUAUGCUGCUCUUCAGAUACUUCAGCAAACAUUUUUCUCAGACCAGCACCAACCAGAAAUAAUCUUUGGUUCCAGCUUCCCAAAAGAUCAGGAAUAUACCCAGAUUUGUCGCAAUAUCAACCGUGUCAAGAUCUGCAUGGAAACUGGUCGGACAAUUGUCCUUCUAAACUUGCAAAACCUCUACGAGAGCCUGUAUGAUGCACUAAACCAAUACUAUGUCUGUCUUGGUGGGCAGAAGUAUGUGGAUUUGGGGCUGGGGACUCAUCGUGUGAAGUGCAGGGUGCACAGAGAUUUCAGGCUCAUAGUCAUUGAGGAGAAGGAAGUGGUCUACAAGCAGUUCCCUAUCCCCCUCAUUAACAGGCUGGAAAAACAUUACCUUGACAUCAACACUGUCCUCAAAAGUGACCAGAAGCAAAUUGUGAAAGAGCUGGAGAAAUGGGUUAAAGAUUUUACUGCACUGAAUUUGCAGCACUCACUCAAUCCCCAGGCACAUAAUUACGUUCCAUCUGAUGUCUUUAUUGGCUACCAUUCUGACACCUGCGCUUCUGUGGUCCUGCAAGUGACAGAAAAACUAAAGGGGAACUUGGGAGCCUCGGAAGAACAAAGAAAAGUCCUACAGGAAACCAAACUCGUCCUCCUGAACUGUGCCACUCCAGACUCUGUGGUUCGGCUAAGUAGCACCUGCUUGUCCAACGUGGAGACUGAAGAACUGGCAAAUGCAUACUUCGAGACCCAGAAGCACGAUUCGCUUGCUAGCUUUAUUCUUUCACAUGUGCUGCAGGAGGAAAGGAGUCAGACAUCUUUCACGGAGGUUACAACUUUCUCCAGACUCCUCACCGCAUCUGAUGUUGACAGACUCCUCCAGGAUGUCAUAUCUUUUCAGAAUGUUGAACUCCUUUCCCUGCAGCAGUUUGACACUGAGCACUCCUUCCUCAAAAAGAUCAGGAGUUUUCUGGAUACAAGAUUUGGAAACAAAAUCCUUAUUAUUCAGACGGACUUUGUUGAAGAUUCGCAAAGUAGUAACCUGAUUGCGUCUGCAAAGUAUUCUGCAAUAAAUGAGAUCAAUAAAUCUAGAGAUGAAAUGACAGAGAUUUUAGUGUACUUCAUUACUAAACUGCCACGAAUGGAAGGUGGAACAUCUUAUGUUGGAUUCCAUGGAGGACCCUGGAGGUCAGUCCACAUUGACGAUCUCAGGAAGUCAAAGGACAUUGUCUCUGACAUUACUACCUUGAAGAGUCUCACUAUCAGUCAGCUCUUUGAAGAACGUGAAAAACCCAACAAACCAGAAGCAAUGGAAACAGAUGACACUAAGAUGGAAAGCCCUACGCUGGAAGAGAAUGCCGACUUGGAGGACAUCCUGGACACCACGGCGCUGGUGCGGAGCUGUGUGCAGAGUGCGGUGGGCAUGCUGCGCGACCAGCUCGAGGGGGGCAGUCGCAGCACCAGGAGACUGGAGAUACUGCUGACGCUUCUCGCAGAAAAUGAGGAAACGAAAGCCUCCUUUUUGAAAACCAUGAAGAGACGGCUUCACGCUCUGCUGGUGACGCAUGAUGAAAACACUCCAUCGCCCAAGAACUGGGUGUUCAAGGAGGCGUCGAACAUCGACGCCCUGCAGGAAGGUGGAACCUUCAGACACACUCUGUGGAAGCGAGUCCAGGCUGUGGUCAUUCCAUUCCUGGCCCAAGUCAUCUCCAUGAUUGACCGCGAUUGUAACCUUGACCUCCUGGUUGAUAGCAACUCUGUGGAGUCUGUGAAGAAGCUUUGGUUGGAAAUUUUUGGGAAUUUGAAGUUGCUGUACAUACCUUACACAAAAGUGGACCGCAAUUCCGAGUCCAAGACGAUCCUUGUCCAGAACUACAUGAAGCUGGAUCACAACCUUUGCAGCACAAUGCCUUUCAGCUGGAGGAUCAAGGAUCAUCUCGAUGAGCUCUGGGUUCACGUUCUGCAACGGGAAGGGCACACACACAAUCAGCUUGAGGAGUUCUUCAAGAAAACACCUCUGGGAAGGUACAUUGCAGAUGCUGAUGAGGAAAUGCAGAAAGAGUUUUUCCACAGGUAUCUUCAGGAUUUCAUCUCCAUGACAAUGAAAGUUACUUCUCCAGAUGAACUAAUGCUUCUCCGCAGUGCUCUGCUAUCCUGCGUCAACGAGCUUAAGAUUCGCAGCAAUGCCAACAAGGAAAAAGUAACGUCACUACCCUGGGUUCAUACUGCUUAUCAUGAAUUCAAAACCCGUCUGCAGAACCUCUCAAGAAUGAUCACCAUUGAGCCUCAGGUGGCCCAAUUUCUGCAAAGGAAAAUGCAGUCUAGGGAAGGUGCAGAAAUGGUUCUUGAUGUGUACGCGGCUGUGGCCUGUGUUGAGCUCUUGGAGCCACACAACCUGGACACGGAUGGGCUGUGCCUGGAGUGGCUGAGGAGAGUGAAGAGACUGCAGGUGCCCAUCGAGCUCGUCUGUGCUGAGGAGUGCGUGCAGAACUACGGCUCGAGAAGCCAGGAGCUGGUCAAGUUUGUCCGGAGUGGCUGGAAUCGCAUCUUUUCAUCAUCUCUGUUUGUGGAACAUGUACUGCUGGGAAUUGAAUCCGUACAAAAAGAUCUAAAGGUCCUGGUUGUGACACAUGCUCGCAAGUUGUGGAAAUCUCUGGAGCAAAACUCUGACUUCAAAAUGGAGCAGCCCUUCUUAGCUGUGAUUGAAGUUCUGAAGUCCUGCAAAGAUGAAGCCAGUGAACGUCUUUUCAGGUUUGGAAGACAGCUGUGUGCUGUGUGUCUGGGGGAGCCCACGGACCCUCUGUGCCUACCAUGUGAACAUAUUUACUGCCUGGUUUGUAUAAAACAGUGGCUCCUACCUGGGCAGAUGUACUGUCCUUUGUGCAUGGUAGAAGUGCCACAGAACUUUGAACUGAAGGUGUCCGAAGAUAUAAGACAUCUUGUCCAGUUGUAUGCCCAGUUCAGGAAAAGAUGCAAUGCUUUUUUCAUCGACAUGGUGUCCACUUUAUGUUUCAAAGACAACUCUCCUCCUUCAGACAGUAUUAUUUUGCAUCUUUUGUCUUUCUUGAUGGUCGAUACUAAUGCAGUUCCAAACAUUAAGAAAGGCCGCAGGGUGUAUACCAAAGCUCUCUCACCUUUCAAUGACUCUGUGGACAAAAAUCCUGUAGUCCGAUCAGUGGUGCUCAAAUUUCUGCUGAAGUACAGCUUUGAUGAUGUUAAACGUUAUCUGCAAGAACACUUGUCAUCGGUUGAACAAAGCAAUAUUCUGGAGAAAACGGAUAAAACAAAGCUCUGUGCUUUGUACAUAAACUGUCUUGAGGACUCCAUGUAUGAGAAGACACAGAGUCAAACAGAAUUAGAAACGGUGGCAUCUCUGGAGCAAGAGACUCGGUUCCUGCAAUGCUGUGUUCAAAAUACUGAGGCUGGUCCCGAGAAGAUUUCAAUAGAAUACCUGCAGAGUAUUGCCAGAAUCCGCCUCUGUCUGGACACUGCUGCAUGCUUGCUGGUUAAAGACCUGUCUGGUUUAGCCACAGGAACACAACAAGACCCUGAGGUGUACAGGAGGAUUUCAGCAUUCCUGAAUCAUGUGAUGGAGUUCUGCAGAAGGAGCAAGAAUGACUGGUAUCGCAUUUACAUGAUACGGAAAAUCUGCAAUCAAAAAGGCAUGGAGUUUGUGCAGACACUCCUAACGAAACCAGAGUUUCACUGGUUGUUCCCUGAGGAAAUUGUUCAACAGAAUGAACAUACUGGCCAGAUUGACCAGUAUCUUGUCUGCGGAAUCAAUUACCAGGCUUUCCGAGAUGCAGUUGGUAGGGCAAUGAUCGAGUGCAAAACUGAGGGAAUAGAGGAGGCAAACAAGAAUUGCAGAAGUCCCUUGCAGAAGAAAACAGCACGUCUGCUCCUGGCCAUCUUCAGAGAAGUUACCACACUGUACAGAGCCGCAAACCAAAACGUCCAUCCCAAACCUGAACAAUGUCAAGCAAUUGAGGACUUCAUCAAGGGGUCACAGAUCUUUGGUAGCCCUGAACUGAAGAACCUUGCCACAUCCUUGGUAUAUAACAGGCUUGGAGACCUAUCUGUACGUCCUGAUUGUACCAGUUCAGAGCACGCCAUCACUGAACUCGCCAUUCACUUGACGACAGUUCUGUUAUGUGGACAAGAUGGAAUCCUGACACCCUUGAAACAGCUAGCUUUGGCACCUGUGAACAUGCAGAAUGCCUUCUUACCAACAAUGCCUGAGGACAUGUUGGUAGUAGCUGUUCAAGUCUUAGGGAACUUGCAGUGGUAUUCUUGUCCAAAUGGCCACCCAUGCACUAUUGGGGAGUGUGGACAGCCAAUGGAGAGAAGCCAUUGUGUGGACUGUGGUGCUGUUAUUGGAGGGGACAACCACAGAGCUGUUCAAGGAUUUCAACAAACUAACUUCACUGGGGAUCGCACCCAGACUGGCCAUGUCCUGGGAGACGCAAGGAGGAGAGACAAUCCUGACAUGCUGGACACUAAGAGCAUGUCCCCUGCCCCUUUCAUACUGAUCCGACUCCUCACCCACUUGGCGAUGCUGCUGGGAGCUUCACGUGACCCUCGGUCCAUAUCACAAAUGAUUAAACCUGCUGUGCAAAACCCACAUGUCUUUCUGGUGAACCACCUUGUCAAAGACAUGGAGCAGCUGUCCAGGACUCUGGGGAAGGGCACUGACGACUCAGUGAACAUCGUCCACCUGCUGCUCAGCCGUCUUCUGGAGCCACACCAGGCCCAGCAGUGGCCUGUUCCUUAUGAUAAUAUACUUUCAACAAAAGAAGCACGUAAUGGUUGGGAAACCGUCAUUGCUACAGAAAUCAUCACACCUCAACUCAAGUCUUUGGAACGCAGGCUGAAAGAAGUCAACGACCUGAUCCGGAAAGACUCUCGUGUCUCCUCAAGCCCGAUCAUGAAGGUUAUUUAUGGAGACCCCCACAUAUUUCUGAAGGCUCUGCCUCUGGAUAAGAUUUUCCACUGUUCAGCCAUUUGGAGCUGCAGGGAGAGAGUAUCUGUGCAGAACCUGGCUCACAUUGUCGAGCAGCACGAUGGCAAAGACACCUUGCCAGUGCUGUGGAAGUUCCUGCAGAAGGAGGCUGAACUGAAACUGGUGAAGUUCCUACCCGAUAUUCUAGCCCUGCAGAGAAAUCUGGUGAGGAAGUUCCAGAAUGUGACCGAACACAUGCACAAAACAAUUGGCGACUUUAUUCAAAGUCAGAAAGCAGAAUCACUAAAAGCCUGGUAUGAGACACGAAUCUGCACCUUUUUGACUGUAUGGAACCAACUCAGAGCGUCACUGGUCACUAAUGGUGAAAUUAAGAUAUCUGAAGAUUACUGCAAAGAGGAUCUAAACCUUGACAGUGAAUUCCAAGUGCUUCUGCCUCAGCGCCAUGGUCUGGGACUCUGCUCCACUGCUUUAGUUAGCUACCUGAUCGCCCUCCACAAUGAGCUGGUCUACACUGUGGAAAAACACACAGGCGAGGAGAACAGCUACUCGGUGAGUCCGGCAGACCUCACAGACUUGCAUGUGAUCAAGUAUGAAGUGGAGAAGGACCUGAUUCCCCUCAUCCUGUCCAACUGCCAGUACAGCAUGGAGCAAGGACAGGAGACUGUACUGGAGUACGACCUGCACAAAACACAGCAGCAGAUCCUCAACCACUUCCUGCAGGGGAAGCCUCUCAUUACUUUAACUGGGAUCCCAACACUGGUAAACAGACAAGAUCGAAAUUAUGAAAAUAUCUUCAAGGACGUGAAAGGGAAACUCAUGCAGGAUUCCCUGCCUGCGCUGAUGCUGAAUGCCUUGAGUGGUGAGCUGCAGUCAUAUACUGAUGUUUGCGAAGCUCUCUCUGUUGUGGAGGUGACGCUGGGGUUCUUAGCCAUGACAGGGGGAGAAGCUGAGAUGCAGCUAGUAAAAUAUGUCCAGGAUAUCCUGCAGAUGGGAGACCAGACAGCCCCACACAUCCUGAAGGCAUUAAGCAGGUGCACCCUGAAGCACUCCAUAGCUCUGUGGCAGCUGUUGACCUCACUGAAGUCAGAGUGUAUGUUGCGCUUAAAAAGGGAUCCAUUUUUGGAAAUCUCAAAGGUUUACAAGAAACCUUUACUUGAUGGUGAUAAGAAGCUAUUGACAGGGUUUUUAACCAAGGGAUGUGUAGACACCUUUGUACUAGAGAUGCAUGAAUUUCUCCUCCUGAACCUGAAGAAAGUCAAUGCACCUGAAGAAUUCAGGCCUGACUGGAGCCUGAAACACACACUGGUGUCUUAUAUUGAGCGCAAAGACCUGGAUGUCCCUCCAGACAUGGAAGAGAUCCUUCCCGAGGAAACCUGUCUGUCCCAAUUUGUGGAAACCUGGAAGUUUGCUGUGGCCUUCAGACAAGAACGACACCAAAGAUAAACUUGUGCUGCCUAUUAACUGCCAUCUUAACUAUUGCCAAUAUUUUGUACUUUUAAUAGUGCCUAUGAAACCCCAGCAAUGCAAACUCUUCGCAUGAAUUCCUCUUCCACUGUAUUACUACAGAAGCGCUGAGAAAAUAAUAUGAAGUAUAUGAAAUAAUAUGAAGAAAGAUAAGUGUGUUAUAGAAUCCCCUUCGGAUGUAGCCGUAGAUAAAGCUUUUAGCUGAACACAAUAUUCAUAAGAUAGUUAUCUAGUUAGCAGUAGUUUUCUGUAGAGGGCAGAACUCACCGUGUAGUAAAGCCAAGGUAAGUUUUUUCCCUGUUUUUGAUAGUACUGUAUGUUAAGGUGUAUUUACAAGCAUUUGCUUCAGGGUUUUGUUUACAAAUUUAAACCAAAACUAGAGCUACUGCAGUUUUGAAAGUGUUAUUGCUUAGCUGAUAGGAUAUUCUCAGGGAGUCAGUAAGAUUCAUUUAAGAGCAGUUAGGAGGUCUACAGAUUUAAUAAAGCCUUUUUAGUACUUUAUCCUCAAAUGACCACUGUCUAAGAAUUUGAUUGUGAUCUCCAAGUUUACAGUUUUGAAGCUUGCCUGAUGAUAAUAUGGCACCACUUGAGCAUAAUGUGCUUCCUCUCUUCAGCGGGUUUCAGAAAUGUGUUAGAACCAAGGCAAAGCAUCUUUGCCAUGUAAUUGAAGAUAAGUUUACUGCUUCGGCUGUUUUGUCUACUUUAAUGUGAAAGACACUUGGGACCAUAAAGCCCACAAUUGUCAUUUUGUAAUAUUUAAUUAGUUUUUUUUUAUUUUGUUUACUCUUAACAUUUUCCCCUUGUGCUCUGUGAGCUGAAAGUUUUGUUAAUUUUGUUUGUUGCUUUGGUGUGUUUGAUGCUAUAAUCAUAUGGUCCUGAAUGCAUAAAAAAUAUUGCUGCUGUUAUAAAAAUGAAAUAUUCUGUUUUUAAAUGUUCAACUUUGUUUUAAGUAAUCUUGACAUUUCUUUUCAAGACAUUAAGGAUAUUACAUGAAGAUAAUCUAUCAUAGUAAUUUCUUAUUUUGUUUCAGUGAGGAAUCGGUCAUUGUUAGAUUGUAGUGACAUAAUAUUUGAUAGUUUUGUGCGUUAAAAAAUUGUUAAAAUGAAUGAAACCUUAUUAAUGGGACAAUAAUGACUACGCUGUCCAUUCCUGCUAAUUAAUAACCAUUUAUGGACCAACUUUGUUUAUUACAUUAAAAUCACAGACCAAGAUUCUGUAAAAUACAGCAUAGUGGAGCAAACUGUUGCAAAGAUUGAGUUCAAUUAAAAAGGUGCCUUUAAUCAUAUAAAGUCAGAAAUUAUACAUGCGCUUUUUAUAAUCCAUUCUGUAUGCAGUACCAACAAAUGCAUGUUAUUUCCUAUGUUUAAACUUUUUUUCCCGAGUAAAAUCAAAAUAGAAGAUUAAAAGAUUUGUCAUUUUCCUCUUUUA